AUGACAGCUGAUGGUGAAUCUCAUAAAGUGAUCGACUUCUUCGACAUCCGGUACUAUGCUAAUAUUACCGUUGGCAGUCCUCGUAAGUUUAACUUUGAUUUAGUAGGGUCAGGGUAAUGCAAGGUUAAGAAAAGGUAUAUGGCAUGGGAAGGGCAGGGUAGGCCAAGGGUAGAUUGAGGCAAAACUAGAAUGAAGCAAGAGUAUGCUAAGUGAAGGGUAAGGUAACGCUAAAGUAAAGUAAAACAAGGGUAGGGUAAAAAAGGGUAAGGUAGCAAAAGGGCAAGAUAAGGCAGGGCUAGAAUAACACAAGGGAAAGUUAUGGUAGGUUAGAGUAGGGUAGGGUAGGGUAGGGUAGGGUAGGGUAGGAUAGGGUAGGGUAGGGUAGGUUAAGAAGGGGUAGAGUAGUGUAGGGUUGGGUAGGGUAGUGUAGAGUAGGGUAAGAUAGGCUAGGCUAGGUUAGUGUAGAAUAGUGUAAGGUAGGAUAUGGUAGGGCAAGGUAUGGUAGGGUAGAGUAUAAUAGAGUAAGUUAGGGUAGGGUACUAUCAACUUUAGGCUUAGUUUGAUCAAUUUAGGUUUCAAAACGUCAUCUUUUUUCCAAAAUUUUGCGUUUCAUGCACUUUGUUAUACUUGAUAAGGGCUUGUUUUGACACGUUUUAAUAGUUUCAAUGAUAAAUUUGGGAUGGGAAAGUGAUCAAAUUUAAUUUUAAGAUUUAAAACACAAAAAUUAAGCUUCAUAAAAAUAAAAAAAACUUUUUUUUUGAAAUUUAAAAUUUUGAAAAAAAAAUUUUUAGUCCAAGAAUUUCGUGUCCAAUUGUGCACUGCCAGUAAUGAAUUCUGGAUAUUAAGCAAAGAAUGCACUAAAGAGCACUGUGAUGUGGACAAACGUACUGGUUACGAGCAUCAUAAGUACGAUGCUGAGUAAGUUUGCAGUUUUUAGUACUAUACUAGUAUUUUGCUAGUACUGUAAAUUUAAAAAAAAGUGGUUUUUUGUGGUAAAAUACGACCAUUGACCCAAUCCGAUAUCAAUUUCAGUAAAUCAGGUACCUAUGAGUUCGAUGGUCGAUACUACUCGGUUAAGUACGAUGGUGGUAUGGUAGCUGGACAUAUGGCUAAAGAUACUGUUAGAGUAAGCUACCCGUUCCUCUAACUCUACUUUACCCUACCCUUACCUCUCCCAUUACCCCUACCCAUACCCCUACUUCUACCUUAACUAGUAUCAUUUCAGCUAGGCCACCUUAUCAUCAAAAACCAGCUAUUUGGAAGCGUCGACACUCUAGCCGGCUACCUAACCAGCGAAGACCAUGAUGGUAUAAUGGGACUAGGCUGGCCAUCUCUGGGCAAAGACAUUGUACCUCCAUUGUACAGUAUCAAAGACAUUCUAGAUGAACCUUUGUUCACGGUAUGGCUAGCCAGACAUGAUCAGCUAAGGGAAGGUGAGCCAGGUGGAGCAAUUACGUAUGGUGGUACUGAUAAGGAGCAUUGUGAUGGCAAUAUUAACUAUGUUAAGCUGGAAAACGAGACUGUAAGUUGAAUAGUCUUACUGUAUACCGUACCUUAUGUUACUGUAUUUUAUACUACCGUAGCCUUCCUUAACCUACGGUAGCUUUUUUUAACCUACCGUACCCUACUCUACUCUACCCUACAUUACCCUACCAUACCUUGCUCUAUCUUACCUUACCCUACCGUAAUCUAUUCUACCCUACCUUUCUCUACUUUGUUUUACCCUACCCUACCGUAACCGACUCUACACAUACCGUAACCUACCCUAUUCUAACCUACAGUAACCGACCUUACCGGUGCCGUAACCUAUCAUACCUUACCUUACUGUAACCUACUCGUACCGUAAUUUUCCCAACCUUAAUUUUUGAACUUCAGGACCAAUGGAAGUUAAAUGUGGCUGAAGUAAAAACCAAGUUUAAAAACUCAACAGCUAAGGUCACGAAAGACACGUACUACAUCAGUAACACAGCAUCACCCUUUAUAGAUGUACCUAAAUCAAUAUUCAGUGCUUUCAUCUCAGGGAUCGAUGUUACGAUAAGUAAUGGUUACUAUAAUGUAGACUGUAAUGUUGUUAACAAACUGCACAGUAUCAACUUCACGAUUAAUGGCGUUGAGUACGUGGUACCACCGACGGAGUUGGUACUUGAGGUAAGGGUUUUAGUACUGUAAUUUACAUUGUCGUGUUUUAUCUUAUCCUACCCUAUUUUAUCCUACCCUACCCUACCCUACCCUACCCUACCCUACCCUACCCUACCCUACCCUACCCUACCCUACCCUACCCUACCCUACCCUACCCUACCCUACCCUACCCUACUCUACCCUACCCUACCCUACCCUACCCUACCCCACCCUACCCUGCCCUACCCUACCCUACUCUACUCUACCCUACCUUACCCUACUUUACCCUGCCCUGCUCUACCCUACCUUACCCUGCCUUGCCCUGCUCUACUCUACACAACCCUACCUUACCCUACUGCAUCUUAUCCUAACCUUCUCUACCGUACCCUACACUAUACUAUUCUACCCUAAUCCACCUUACUCUGUCUUACUAUACCGUACACAACCGUAGCAGUUGAUACUCGGGUAGGGGUGAUAAGAAGGGGUGUUUUUGAAAGUCUUUUUAUUUUUAAAUUGUGAAAGAAUUAAUGGAUCUCUCUCAAGUCGUUAGGGGGUUUUUUGAAUGAUUUUUGGGGUUUUCAUGAUGUUAUAGUAUACCGUAUGUUAACGUUCUUAUCUGUAUUGUUCUCUUGAUGUCCAUCAAUCAUCUUAUCAUUAAAAAAAUUUUUUUUGGAGAAUUUUGAUUUCUUUUAUUUUUCAUCAAGAUCCAUUAAUUCUUUUGUUUUUUUAUCUAGUAAAAAUUGAAUUUUCGCUUGCAGAUGCAGAAAAACCCAUCCAAAUGCGUGCUGGCCGUGACCAACAGCGACGCCAACGUGCUGGGCGAACCGUUCAUUCGGCGUUACUGUCACGUUUACGAUUACGGAAAUAAGCGGAUUGGGCUGGCGCCAUCCCGAAGUUUUAGCGACAAACGAUUCCAUCGCCACGCUUUUUAA